GUUUGAAUUUAUUUGCCCGGCCCAGCUUCUAGGGCCUUCAUGUUACGCUUCUGCUCAUAUAAAAGCACGAACGCAAAUGUCCCAACCCUAGAAUCGCUGUUUUUCCUCUCGCUCCUCCUGUGGGCGGCGCCGCCGCUGCGCACAGAACACAUCCUCGCCAGCGUAGCUUCUCCGGCGUCCGGCCAACGCGCUCACUAGCCUCCCGCCUUCCUCCACAUCUCCUCGCCUCCACCCCAUCCAGUUCGUGCCAUUCGCUGCUCCAAGACAAGGGCAUGGCGCUCGGCGGCUGCGGCAACGAAGCUGAUGGUGCACGAGCCAACCAUGAAGGCAGUAGCACGGGGCAGCGACAGCAGCAUGGAGGGCGUCCUCUUGUUUGGGAAGGUAAUGGAACUGCAAAUAGGAGUGGCAGCGGCGACCAGGAUGCAAAUGGAAGUGGUUCCCAAAGACCUUGGAAAGGACUUAAAGACAAUAACUUAUAUGAUCCUUGGAACCAUGCAUGGCCGUAUUAUGGGGGUUUUGAUUGCACGUACUGCAGCCUAAAGCACAAAGGUGGAGGUGCAACCCGUGUCGCGGAGCACCUUGGUGGUAUUGUAGCUGCUGUCCUUGACCCAUAUACACAUUACAAGCUGAACCUUUGCAACCACACAGAUUAUGCCACUUCACUAACAGAUGCGAUAGCGAAGAUAUUAGACCCAGUGAGUGCUCUUUCAGCCAUUGAUGAAGUGAGCAAGUUCAGGGAGUGCCAAGGGAGGUUUGGGACCAGAUUGGCAGAAGAAGCUGCGGCGAGAAUGGGGCCAACCCAAUGGUGGUUUCAGUUUGGAGGGGAUGUUCCUGCAUUGCAGAAAUGUGCAAUGAGAAUUUGCUCACAAUGUGUCUCCUCUAGUGGGUGUGAGAGAAAUUGGAGUGCUUUUGCUUUGGUGCACACAAAGCAAAGAAGUCGUCUUCUAUAUGACAAGCUCCACAAGCUAGUUUUUGUACGCUACAACUUAAAGAUACGUGCUGAAGAAGAUCAAGAGAAAGAGAGAGAUAUAGAUAAAGAAAUUGAUCCAAGUGCAUUGCUAAUGGAUACCACAAUGUUUGAUGAAACAAACCCAAUAAUGGAGUGGCUGAAUGAGGAUGUAGAGGAUCCGAUUGUGGAUGGAGCUGAUGCAGCUAGUGCUGUUUUUGAGCAAAGAAGGCGCCUCAACUCAAGCAUGAAGGCGUCUUAUGUUGGUUCAAAGGGUAAUAACAAGAAAAGAAAGAGGAAUGAUGAUGAUGAGAAUGAGUUUCUUGAAACUGAGAGUGAGGAUGAUGAAGAAGAGAAUGAAUAUGUUGAUAAUGACAUCGAGGAUGAUGAUGGGGUGAGUGAGGAUGAUGAGGAUGGUGAACAAGAUCAGCUAGAGACACAAAUGCAACUUGAAGAAGAGACACAAGUACAAGUUCAAAAGGAGGCACCAACAAGCACUGGCCAUUUGGAGACUAGAUCUGGACGACUUAUUAGGAAGAAGACCAAGAACGUCAACAGCCUCUACUCGUAAAUUUGAAAUGGCACGUGAGCAAAGGAUAUCAAGAAGCUUUUGGAUGUUGGGAAGCUUGGAGCUGAUGCUUCAAAUAAGCUGAUGGUUGUCUUUUGGAGAUGUUUCUAUGUUUAAUGCUUUAAAGUCUUUUGGCUGUACUGGACUAUUUAAACUUUGAACUAUGCUGUGAUGGUUGAACUGAUGCUGGACGGUUAAGGGUUUAUGUCAGAGGCAACUUUAUAACUAA